AUGGCCGAAGGAGACAACAACAACAUCCUGCCGGAAAACCAAGAUGUUGAUCCACCAACCCAAGGAGUGCAGCCACCAAAUGUUCUUGUUCCUCCCCCAAACGGUGUUGUUCCACCUCCGAAAUUGCUCUUUUACCUCACCACUAUCAACUUGGUUGCUUUCGUUACGAAAACACCUCCCGUUGUGCCUAAUUCCAACGCUACCUUGGAAACGAGAGUUGCGUGGGAUGCUUGGUUUCAUUCCAACUUCUUGUGUCGGAACCACAUCUUGAAUGCUCUAGAUGAUUCACUAUACAAUGUGUAUAGUGCUAUCAAAACCGCUAAGGAACUGUGGGAGUCCUUAGAAAAGAAGUACAAAACCGAAGAUGCCGGGUUGAAGAAAUUCAUCGUCGGGAAGUUUUUGGACUUCAAAAUGGUGGACAACAAGACUCUUAUGAGCCAAGUCCAAGAGUUGCAACUCAUCAUGCAUGAUAUUCAUGCCGAAGGAAUGAGGUUGAGUGAAUCCUUUCUAGUUGCUGCAAUAAUCGAAAAGCUACCACCGCUUUGGAAGGAUUUCAAGAAUUAUCUCAAGCACAAACGCAAGGAAAUGGGGCUUGAAGAUCUUAUCGUGAGGCUAAGGAUUGAAGAAGAUAAUCGAAAGACCGAAUCCAAAACCGGCAAGCAGCAAAUGGAGGCUAAAGCACACCUUAUGGAACCAAACAUGUAG